GGUAUCAGAGCAUUCUUUCCUGCGUUUCUUUCUAUAAGUCAGAAAUCUAUUUUUCAUCCCAUGUCAGCCACCACAGAAAAUGCAACUCCUCUUACAAGCACAACAAACAUGGAGGCAGAUCCAUCAUCUCCCUUUUAUCUGCAUCAUUCCGAUGGGCCAGGCACUACACUUGUGACACAACUAAUGACAGGGAACAAUUAUCCCACAUGGAGCCGUGCAAUUACUAUGGCUUUUGAAGCAAAAAACAAACUUGGAUUUGUUGAUGGAACAAUUCCAGAACCAAGUGCUACAUCAGCAACAUAUACUAUCUGGAAACGUUGCAAUGGCAUGGUUCUUUCGUGUCUUUUGAAUGCUGUCACCAAGGAGAUAGCUAAUAGUGUGGUCUUUAUGAAGACAGCUCGAGCAGUUUGGCUUGAUUUGAAGGAACGGUACUCACAGCAUAAUGCCCCACGUGUUUUCGAAAUUCAAAGGUCCAUUGUGAAUCAUAUGCAGAGAAAUGAUUCAGUCACAACAUAUCACACCACGUUGAAGAGUUUAUGGGAUGAGUUGUCUAUCUACAACACCUAUCCUACAUGCACUUGUGGGACUAUGUCUGAAAUCAUUCAACUGGAAGAACAGGGGCGCCUCAUGCAAUUUCUCAUGGGACUUAAUGAAUCUUACAGCAACUUGAUGAGCCAAAUCCUGGUAAUGAGUCCUUUACCAACUGUUACAAAAGCACUAUCUUUGGUUUUACAGGAUGAGAGGCAGCGCUCCAUUCAAGUACUUUCUCAACCACCUUACCCAGAGCAGUCUGCCAUGGCUGCAAGUAAUGUGCAGAGGUCUUAUUUUGGCUAUCGACAGAGUCAGUCUUUCAAAAAUAAGGGUACCAGACCUUUCUAUCAUUGUGAUUUCUGUGGGAUGGAUGGUCACUCUGAGUCUCAUUGUCGUAAAAAGCCAGGCAAUUCUAAUUUUCCACAGAGGCGUGAGACUAGGGAGUUUCAUUCUCAGCAGUCACGAUUGCAGAAUAGACCUAUGGUUGCAGCUGUCGAUCAUGAGGCAUUACGUUCAGACUGUGACCAACCUUUCACUCAAGAACAAAUUCAACAGCUUCUUUCCCUUAUUCAACCAAAUAUCACAAAUUCUUCUAAUUCUAAUCCAUUAGUCAACAUGGCAGCCUCCAUUACAACUGACCCUCCACCAGCUCCUCCUAUUGUUCCCAUACCAGAAUUGAGACGUUCUCAACGACAGACCCAAAUACCAUCAAGGUUUAAGGACUAUCAUUGCUUCAACGUGCUUCCUCAAUCAUCUUCUCCGGCUUCAGGUACACAUUUUCCCCUUCAUCAAUACUUGAGUUAUUCUCGUUUUUCUCACCCAUAUUGUGCUUUCCUUCAUUCUUUAUCUUCUGAUAUUGAACCUGCAACAUUUAACCAAGUUGCUAAGUUUCCUGAGUGGAGGGAGGCCAUGCAGACUGAACUUAAUGCCUUAGAAGACACUCACACAUGGUCUCUUGUUUCUUUGCCUGCUGAUAAACAGCCGAUUGGUUAUACACAAGUUGAAGGUAUUGAUUAUCAUGAUACUUUUGCACCUGUAGCUAAGCUUGUGACAGUUCGGGUUCUUUUGGCUAUUGCUGCUAUGAAACAAUGGUCCUUACAUCAAUUAGAUGUUCAGAAUGCCUUUCUCCAUGGUGAUUUACAUGAAGAAGUGUAUAUGUCAUUGCCUCUUGGACAUCCUCGCAAGGGGGAGCAUGGUCUUGUCUGCAAGUUGAACAAAUCCCUUUAUGGUCUUAAGCAAGCGUCACGCAAUUGGUUUGCCAAAUUUUCUCAUGCUUUACUUGCUAUUGGAUUUACUCAAUCAUUUGCAGAUUACUCCCUCUUUUCUUUGUCUUGUGGAGCUUCAUGUGUUUAUGUCUUGGUGUAUGUCGAUGAUUUGGUGAGCACAGGUAGUAGUCCUCAACUAAUCAACCAGGUGAAAGAAUUCUUAUUUAGUCAAUUUCGCCUUAAGGACUUAGGUCCUCUCAAAUAUUUUCUGGGUAUUGAGGUUGCUUCUUCCCCUCAAGGGAUCUAUCUUUCUCAACGUAAGUACACUAUUGAGCUUCUUAAUGACGCUGGUCUUCUUAGAUCUCGAACUGCUGAUACACCUAUGGAGCAGAAUCUGAAGCUUCUUCCUUCUGAUGGUUCUCCUCUUAUUGAUGGUUCCAUGUAUCGCCGUCUGAUUGGUCGUCUCAUAUAUCUCACCAUUACAAGGCCGAAUAUCUCCUUUACAGUAAACACAUUGAGUCAAGGUAUUUUACUUUCUUCUAAGGGUUCUCUCCAGUUGACUGCUUUUUGUGAUUCUGAUUGGGCAAGUUGUCUCACCACUCGACGCUCCACCACCGGUUACUGCAUCUUUCUUAGUAAUAGUCCUAUUUCUUGGAAGAGUAAGAAGCAAAACACAGUCUCUUUUUCUUCUGUUGAGGCUGAGUAUCGUGCCAUGGCCACCACCACUAAAGAAAUUAUCUGGUUGCAUAGCUUAUUGUCCACCUUUGGCAUUCAACUCCCUACUCCUACUCCAUUAUAUUGUGACAAUCGAGCUGCUCGUCAUAUAGCUGCUAAUCCUGUUUCCCAUGAAAGAACAAAGCAUCUUGAGAUAGAUUGUCAUGUUGUUCGUGAGAAAUACCAAGCUGGUCUUAUUCUUCCACUCUCUAUUGCUUCUGCAGAUCAACCUGCUGAUAUCUUCACAAAGGCAUUAGGCAAAGAUCGCUUCUUCUAUCUUUGUGACAAGCUAGGCAUUUGGAAUUUUCAUGCUCCAGCUUGAGGGGGAGUAUUGGAGAUAAUUAUGGAUUGCAGAUAAUUAUGGUUUUAGAUUGCAGAUAAUUAUGGAUUUAGUAUAUCUGGUAUUUAUUUAAAUUAUCUGGUAUAUCUGAAAUAUAUUUGGCAUAUCUGU